CAGUGUGUAGGGCCUGGUGCUGCGGUUUGAUAAGUACUGUCUGCAACCAAGAGCUCAGCGUGUAAAUUUGCGACUGAAAAUGAGUCACAUUUUUUCACUCUUUAUGCUUUUGGGAGGCCUAUGUAUCUGUGCAACGGUUGAAGCUCAUAUAGAUAUAGAUGUUACUGCCUGCAAGACCAAUGACACUGAUCCUGAGGAAAUGGCAGAGCUGGAUGGAGAUGAGAUGCUUUACAUUGAUUUUAAAAAGAAUGAGGUUGUUAUUACUUUGCCGGAGUUUGCUGACCAGUGGACUGCUGAAGGCUGGGCUCAGAGAGCAGAGGCAGAUCAUCAGACUUGCUUAAGCGACUUGAAAAUGUUAAUUGAAGCCGGAAGCAGCCCCCCUGAGCAGAUAGAUGCACCCCAGCUCACAAUAUACACCAGGAAUGAAGUUGAACUUGGUAAAAACAACAUUCUGAUCUGCUUUGUGAACAACUUCUACCCACCACCUGUCAAAGUGAAAUGGACUAAAAAUAACAUGGAGGUGAAGGAGGGAGUGACUCUGAGUCGCUACUAUCCCAACAGUGACUUCUCCUUCAGACAGUACUCCACCCUCCAAUUCACCCCCCAGAAAGGGGAUGACUACUCCUGCACUGUGUAUCACCAAGGGCUGACUGAGCCUGAGACCAGGUUCUGGGAACCAGAAUUUCGGGAUGAGUCCGACAUCGGAAAAACAGCAUUUUGUGGAAUCGGACUGACUCUGGGGCUGCUGGGAGUGGGAGCCGGAACCUUCUUCCUCGUCAAGGGAAACAACUGCAGCUAAGAAAGACGUUCAGGAUUAAGCACUAACAGCUCGGAUAGGUCCAGUUAACAUGCUGAAAUUCUGUGUAAUUCAUUCAUAACAUCCAAUCAGAUAAGAGUGCUUCAGGAAGUAGGCUGUGUAAUAGACUUGUGACAAAAGUAAUGUCUAUAUAAUAUAUAUUUAACUGGUUAAUAUGUACACACCUGGGAUCAUAUGAGCAUGUACAUUAUUAAUAUUACUAAUUAUAAAAUUAACAUUUACCUAUUUCAUCAAUUAUCAAAAAUGAAGUUUCUGUGUAUUACACCAAGUACAAAUUUGCCUAUGACAUUUCUGUCAUAAAUCUUAAAGAAGAAAAUAAAGUAGAAAUUGUUUUACGUUGGUACUUUAUUCCUAACCCUUGUUUUUGGCAUCUUGAAUGCUUUGUUUUGUGUUUAUGUGUUUAUGAUCACCAUAAAGGAUAAAUUUGAUGUUUUUGAUUUUAAUCCAUUAUUGUAAAAGGAAAAUCAUCAAUUUUGUACAUACUUGUUUAGAGAAGUGUACUUUAAUCACGUGAUUCUGUAUGUUCCUAAUAAAGUGUACUUUAAUCACUUCACUUAAUUGAAGUGAUAUUGAUUACAUUAAAUGAAGAAAACCUUAUUGAGUGUUUACAGGAGAUUAGGAUUGUGUGUUCUUCUACACACUGUUUUAAAAUUAAAUAUUUGAAAUUGCACAUUAACAAAUAUGUAACUCAGGAAGAGCACAAAUACAAUGCUUCACCACAUUCAAAGGAUCCCUGUAUCUAAAUGUUGCUGUCCAAGCUUAAAACUGUAUUGUAAAUUCAUUUUGAACUCCAGUAUUCCUUUAGCAUUAUUGUGCUGGAUCACAUGCAGUAGAGGUGAUUUUCUGGACACAUUAAUGUAACACAGUAAUCUGCUGCAAAUGAUUAAAUUAUUGAAUGACCAUGUAA